AUGGCGGCGGCGAUGCGAGAGUUGCAGCAGCAGCUGGAGGCAGAAGUGAACGCGCUGCGGUCCCUGGAGAAGGACAUUUCGCGCAACCACAAGGUGCGGCGGCAGUACAGCCUGCAGCUGAACGAGAACGAGAUGGUGCAGAAGGAGCUGGACCUAUUAGAGGAAGACGCCAGGGUGUUCAAGCUCAUCGGCCCUGUGCUCGUGCCACAAGACCCUUCGACCAGCCGCUUUCCUCUCGUCUCUCAACUUGAACCGCCCCUCGCAUCGCCGCUUCAAGAGCUGGAGCUACUAGAGGAGGAUGCGAGGGUGUUCAAGCUGAUCGGCCCGGUGCUCGUGCCGCAAGACCUGGCAGAGGCGUGUGCCGUCAACAGCCCUUCUCCUCUACACUUCAACUGCCCUCCUUCCCCCCUGCCGCUCCCUCUCCUCGCCAGGAGCUGGAGCUACUAG